GAUACUACUGAUUAACCCUACAGCACCACCGGUCACACAACACAACAAUUAGGAUUGGUAGAGCCCAUCUCUGAGCCUGCCUUGCUGGCCCUGAGCUCUCUCUCGUUGCUUCUUUUAAUGGGUUUUUUGUCUCCUUGGAUUUGUGCUUGUGCUCACCUGGGCGUGGAGUUCUCCGAAUGAGAGAGGAGGGGGAGAGAGAGAGAGAGAGAGAGAGAGAGAGAGAGAGAGAGGCACCUCUGAGCUGUUUCUUCGACUAGUAUUCAAGAUUGGGCAGAGGUACUGAGAGAAAGCAAAGGGAAGGAGGGCUACAGAGAAAAAAAUAGAAUUUUUUUGGGGGUCCAAGUUUCUUGCUUGAUUCUCUUCGAUCCCGGUGAGCAUCCACCAGUUCAGGCACAAUCCUUGCUGUUCGUGUGCCUGAGUUUGAUAGCUGUCCAGAUCUGCGGCACUUGCCCGAUAGAUUCCAAGAAUCGGAGCACAACUAUCGUUUGCUGAGAAAAGAGAGGUGGAAUAAAUUGAGCAAUUACAGUGGAGAUAAGGGAGAUCUGAGUCUCGUGAUGCCGUCAAGAAGCUGCGUGAAGGAGGAGAGUGUGAGGUGAAGGAUGAUGGCCGCGGUGAUGGACUACUUCAGGUCCUGCUGGGGCCCGCGAUCUCCGGCCGGGCACCGGGUCAGGGGCUCGGACGUCGCCGGCCGGCAGGACGGGCUCCUGUGGUAUAAGGACGCCGGCCAGCUGGUCACCGGGGAGUUCUCCAUGGCGGUGGUUCAGGCCAACAACCUGCUGGAGGACCAGAGCCAGGUGGAGUCCGGCGCUCUCUCCAUGGCCGAACCCGGCCCUCAGGGCACCUUCGUCGGCGUCUAUGAUGGCCACGGCGGCCCGGAGACGGCACGGUUCAUCAAUGGCCACCUGUUCCACCAUCUCAGGAGAUUUGCAACUGAGCACAAGUGCAUGUCAGCAGAUGUGAUUCGGAAAGCUUUCCAAGCAACCGAGGAGGGCUUCCUCUCACUAGUCAGCAAGCAAUGGUCUUUAAAGCCUCAGAUUGCAGCAGUAGGAUCUUGUUGCCUAGUUGGUGUUAUUUGCUCAGGGACUCUCUAUGUUGCGAACCUUGGUGACUCGCGUGCUGUUCUUGGGAGGCUUGUCAAGUCUACUGGAGAGGUUCUGGCCAUGCAGCUAUCAUCAGAACACAACGCGUGUUAUGAAGAAGUUAGACAAGAAUUGCAGUCAUCACAUCCUGAUGAUCCACAUAUUGUGGUUCUAAAACACAAUGUUUGGCGUGUCAAGGGCCUCAUCCAGAUCUCAAGAUCUAUCGGUGAUGUAUAUCUAAAAAGACCAGAAUACAACAGAGAACCUCUUCAUAGCAAGUUUCGGCUUCGGGAAACCUUCAAACGGCCUAUUCUCAGUUCUGAACCUGCAAUUGUUGUACACCAAAUACAACCAAAUGAUCAUUUUGUUAUAUUUGCUUCCGAUGGUUUAUGGGAACACCUCAGCAAUCAGGAAGCAGUCGACCUUGUCCAAAGUAAUCCUCGUAAUGGGAUUGCUCGAAGACUAGUUAAAGUCGCGAUGCAAGAAGCGGCCAAGAAGAGGGAGAUGAGAUAUUCAGACCUCAAGAAAAUUGAUCGUGGCGUGAGGCGUCAUUUCCAUGACGACAUAACCGUGGUUGUAAUAUUUCUUGAUUCGAAUGCCAUAAGUAAGGCAAAUUGGAGCAGAGGUCCUUCCGUUUCCCUCAGAGGGGGUGGCGUGAGCCUCCCUGCAAACUCCCUUGCUCCUUUCUCGGCUCCCACAGUGUUAAGCAGCACCUAUUGAGGGAGCUAUACUGCAAAGAACAUGAUCAUCUACAGAGUACAACACGGAUGGGAGGUGAAAAUGCCGUGAUUAAGUGUAAUGUACUCAUCCUGUGUUGCUCCUGUGAACUAUUUAGACCCCACCUGGUAAUUAGUGUAAUGAUAGCGAGGUAUAAGAUUAGAUUAUUCCUUAGCGACGCAAUCUUUUUUUUUUUACUUUUCUUUUUCUUUUUGCUUCUUUAUUCUUAUCCUUUCUCUUACCCAUGAGAGAACAGGUGGUUGUAAAUUGGCCAGAACAUCUUUUUCGUAAUAGUCCAUUAUAUCCCCUUUUUUCGUGUUGAUAAUGAAAGCAUUGCUCAAGUUUUAAUGUUGGGUA